AUGAAAUUCACAAAUACCUUGUUGAGUAUUGCUGCCGUGCUAGCAGUCUCUGAAGCUGCACCAUUAGUCAAAACAGUCGUUGUUACUGCAAAUCCAACAACUUCUUGGGUAACUCAAAUAGUUGUUCCCACCACCACAGUGAGCAGUAUCAUUACCACAAUCUAUGGACCACCCGGCGACGUUAGUCAACCAACUUCAACUGGAACAUUGUCCACUGUAUACGGUCCACCACCAGGCGCAAGCAGCUCAGUAACAUCAUCAGCAACCGACUCACUGUCUUCCACAGCAACAGCAUCAUCAUCAUCUGAGACACCACUGGUUUCAUCCACUACCUCAUCUUCAAGCUCAUCAUCCUCAUCAUCUACUUCAACUAGUUCAUCAUCAUCAUCAUCAUCUUCAUCUGAAAUCAUCACUUCUGCAACCUCAUCUUCAUCAUCUACCACCACCACCACUUCCUCAUCUUCCUCCUCAUCUUCUUCUUCGGCCACGGGCCCAACUGGCUCCAUUGCUAGCUCAGACCCAACAUUUGUUGCAGAAAUCCUUGAAAAACACAAUGAAUUGCGUGCUCUUCACGGUGUUGGUGACUUGACAUGGGACGCUGAAAUCGCUGAUUAUGCUGCUAGCUACGCAGCCUCCUCCUUCAGCUGUGACAACGUCGAGUUGAUCCAUUCCAAUGGUCCAUACGGUGAAAACUUGGCUGCUGGUUAUUUAGGUGGUGACGAGCCUGUUCAAGCAUGGUAUGAUGAAAUCAAAGACUAUGACUUCAACAACCCAGGUUACUCUACUGCAACCGGUCACUUUACCCAAGUUGUCUGGAAGGGCACUACCAAAUUGGGAUGUGCUCGUGUCAUGUGUAAUAAUGCAUGGAGACAAUACACUAUUUGUGAAUAUACCGAUACUAGAGGUAAUAUUGUUGGUGCUGAUGAUGCAACUAGAAAUAUCUACUUUGUUGAGAAUGUGCUACCACCCAUUUCUUCAUAA